UGAAAAAAUACACAAAUGAUAUGGCACGCAAAGUAGCCUUCAUUGUUUCUUUCUUACUCUUUUUUAUGUUGUAAUUUUCAUUCGACUUUUGUUUUCUCUUUCAUUUUCCUUUUAUUCUUCUUUCUUCUAUGUGAUUUUUGGUUUGUGGGUCUAAUUAAUUUGAAAGGAAAAAAUCUUUCUGUAUUUCGGAAGAAUUUUUACUUUUCUGUACAAAUACAAGAAAGCGUAAAGAGGGAGAAUGAAGAAGACAAGUUAUUUUGAGUCAUCUUUCCAUUCAUUGAGCAUUUCCCAUUUGUAUUUCUUAAAGACUUCCAAACUCUUAGAACAUUCUCAUUAAACCACGGCUGACCUUGUAGUGGGUGGUUAUGGGUUCCCAAUUUUCAUCAAAUUCCCUAAUUUGUCAGCGUGCUUGGUGGGAGAGAGAGGAGAAAACAUAAUAGACUCUACUGGGAGAACAAUUUCCAAUCAUAUAUAUAUGUGCGUGUGUGUGUGUGUGUGUUCCUCUUUGAUCUCUUUGCCAUUCUCCUGACUAAAAUAGAAAUCUUUUCUUGGCUUCAUAAAUUCAUGAAAUAGUAUCCAUGCAUGAAAUUGCUGCUCAAACCCUAGAAAGCAUACUGGUUUGUACAAAAACACAGCAAGAGAAGAAGCCAAGGCCUCAUCAAGAACAAGCUCUGAAAUGCCCUAGAUGUGAUUCCACCAAUACCAAGUUCUGUUACUACAACAACUACAGCCUCUCCCAGCCCAGAUACUUCUGCAAAUCGUGCAGAAGGUAUUGGACCAAAGGGGGCACACUGAGAAAUGUUCCAGUGGGUGGAGGCUGCAGGAAGAACAAGAGAUCCUCCUCAUCAGCAGCAGCAUCAAAGAGCAGCCAAGAUCAGCCACUCACCACCACCAAUCCCAGCAGCCCUCUCUCUACUCUCUCAUCCUUCCCCUAUACUUCCAGUGAUCUCAGCCUUGCAUUUGCUGGGCUCCACAAGCAACCGACCGGACCGAUCGGUUUUGAUCACGAUCUUCAAGGUCUUCCAAUCUUGGCUGGCCAGACCAGUUCCCACUGUGAACUUCUUGGAAACCCUAAUGCCUUUCUGGGCUCACUUGGAAGUGGCUUUCUUGAAGCUCCCAAUGGCUUGGUAGAUAGUGUGUACUAUGGGAAUAUGGGGAAUGGAAACUUGGGGCAUUUGGGCGUCAUGGCAAUGCCCAAUUAUGAAGAAAUUAGUGGAGCAUCAGCAGCAGCAGUAGCAGCCGCAGCAAUAAAACAAGAGGCCUGUGAUGCAAGAGAAGGAGAGAAUAGAGUGUUGUGGGGGUUUCCAUGGCAGCAUCUUGGUGGAGAUGGAGAGAUUGGCGGAGUUGGUGCAGGAAGAUCAGAAAGCUGGAUUAAUGGUGGACUUGGUUCAUCUUGGCAUGGGCUUCUCAAUAGCCCUCUCAUCUAGAUGCUAAUCAUAAUAAGAGUCUCCUCUCUUAAUUUCUUUCUUCUUUUUUUCUUUCUAGCUAGAAGAGGAUCUCCUUUUGUUGCUUGCAUGAUGAUACAACUCUCCAGUCUGUAAUUAUCAGACUCAAAAUUUUAGUCGAAUCCUUGUGAGUUUGUUUUUAGAGACUACAAUUCUCUUAAGCCAUUUCUACUUAUUAAUAUUUAAAUAUUAAAGAUCAUUAAAAUAGCUUACAGAUACAAAGACCUCUCAAAAUUCUUCACCUUACUUUCUUUUCUCCUCCUCCUCCUUAUAAUGUCAUUUAGU